UGCUGUUACUAACAGAGAAGCACAUGAAAGCAGUGUAACAGUAUGAGCCGCCAGUAUCUGGUUGCACUAUGGCCAUGCUGUCGACGUAAAACUGGAUUUCAUUUGUCAGUUUUCAUGGACGCAGGCCUGACUUUAUCUUUCAUCUGAUUCAGGUGAGCAGCCAUGGCUAACCUGCAGCAGGAAUAUCCCGGGGUCCUUCUGGGGAUACUGGAGGAACUGGCCAAUAUGCGCCAAUGGCUCACUUUCCAGGAUCUUUGUCGUAUGGUCAGUGCCCGCUUCGACCUGGAGCACCUCAUCGAGCUCAGGAGCCUGCUGUUUGCUGCUGCCAGCCAGGACCCCUGUUUCCCAGCUACUCUCUUCAGAGAUCGUGUUUCCACACGGGGCCAGGGGCUUUCACCGAUAGGCGUCGCUGCUGAUAUCGUAACAAUCUUUAAUCUUAUUCAGAUGACGGUUGGCGCCCCUGAUGACAGCCAACCAAUAAGAGGGCAGAUGGUCCUCCCUGUCGACCAAUGCCCGGGCCCCAGUCUGCCUGGAGUACAGCAGCUGAACGUUGCUGGUCGAGAAAGAGGGCGUGCCCACUCUGACUCCAGUGGCCGGCCUAUUGAUCAGGACUUGCUGUCUCCGAGAUCUAAUUACUCAGGCCACAAGCGAGCAAGUCUUCCCUCGGAUCCCAUCUCGCUUGUGUCCUCCCCUCCAAUCAGGACGAGGGCUGUGUCUUUCGACUUGCCUCACACCACACUUUUCUACCCCAGUGGCCAAAUCCCGAACGAGGUUUUGAAAAACAUCUACCUGCCUUUGGAGACAGACAGUGAGUCCAGUGUAGACUCUGCGCCGAUGGAGGUGUUUGACGAUGAACAGGGAUCGUCUGUCGACCAAAAGAGAGACAUCUUUAGGAAGGACUUUCACAACCAGCCGCCUCUAAUACCCCAGCUGACUGUUAACAGUGAGUCUCCCAGUCCCAACAAGGAUCAGAAAGGCUUCGACAAUCGCAGCUUUGAAACCAUCCCGAAUCCUUACCCAUCACCAGCAACGGUCAACCAACCGCCAGAGCAGAAGGCGAAACGCGAGAGCCUUGAUGAUCUACAGGACUCAACCUACUUCGGGCCACGGCCAAUCCCCGAGUGGUCGCCCCGGCACCUUCAACCCCCGAGGACCAAGAGGCCCAUCUGGAACAACAAGAGUCACAGUCUAGAGGACCAAAUAGGCCCUGGCAGUAUUGGAAUGGAAUCACAAGGGGGGCAAUUUCCAAGAAGAUCAAGCCCUGCAAUCAGCAUAUUGGGGGAGUCCUUAGGAUGCGAGAGGGGGGACAGUGGAUUGUCCAUUGCAGUGGACGGAGUAAGAGCUCAAGGAACCCAGACGGACCCACCAGACGUCCGGCGCCUCCGCAGUCUUGUCCACGCUGACCGCUUCUCCUUUAUGACGUCAUUAGACGACCCUGACAUUGGUGAGGAUGACAUCAGUGCCAUCUUUCGUUUCUUGGAUGACAUAAGCAUGUGUGGUUCGACAGCAGUCCUGCACCCCAGUGAUGGACCAGGGGCCAUUAACCAGGACACCCACGAGGCGCGACGUGGCCGCCUAGGUCAACUCCAAAGGCUUUUCCACUCUCUGGAAAGCAGUGACGAUGGGCUCCAGGCCAGCGUCUGUAAGCUGCUGCUCCGUAUGAGCCAGAUAGAAAGACAACUGGACUCACUGAAUGAUGUCAAAGCGGAGAUUUCCCAGGUACUGUCAGCUCUGCAGCGGCUGGAUGAAAAAAUCCCGCUGCCUAUCAGUGGAGAUGAACAAGGCAGCAGUGAGCGAUGGCUGGAGCCUCUCAGUGGUGUCUCCUCUUUCAUAGGCCACCCUAUAACCCCUUCUGACUCGUCAGAGCCUCAGCCUCUGUCUGUGUCUGAGCAUCUGUUUCCAGGGAUCAGUACUAGUAGUCUGGAUUGGAACCAGUGGAACACUCCCGUGGAGCAAAUAGAAAGCAGCAAAGGUCCGGCUGAUUCAGGCGGGGGGAAAGAAGGGAAGAAGGAUGCAUCAUCUUGUCGUGCUUCCAAAAGCGUAGAGAAAAAUCUGUCCGAUUCAAAACAGCUGAAUGUUUCUGCAAGAGACUGGACGGUGUCCUUCUCCAAAAGUAAAGAUGGCAAGUCUUCACAUGGACAGGCAGAUCGCUCAGGCAGCACGACUAACCUCAUCUCCAAAAAGUCCUCCAACCUGGUAGAACAAGUAUUUAGUUCGUCCCUGUUCCAGCCCAAAGACAGCAGUCUGACAGGUGGGUUAACCUCUGGGAAGGUCCUGGACCCCAGAUUUUCCGAAGGUAGGGGAAGGCCCAUAUGGACUGUAGAUGAAAGAGAGGCACGAAUCUCCCCUUUGGACUUACAGAACCAGGAGUCUCUAAACCCCAACAACAUGGAGUUCUGGAUGGACGACAUUUACACACCAGGCUACGAUACUUUACUCAGGCGUAAAGAGGCGGACCUCCGCCGGGCCAAGGUCUGCAAGCUGCUUGCAGUCAUUGCCACUGCACUGGUUAUUAUUGUCAUCAUUGUCAUUGUCAUUUGCACCGUUGGAUCAUGAAGACUUUUACAGCCCCUGCCGGAUAUAUCUGCUGUAUCCAGGAACCUGCACGGCGGUCUCAUGCUGACUGGGAGCAUAGAGCUGUAGUGGCGAUCAGUUAACAUUCAAUAAGCCUUUUCAGUUGUCAGCAUGCAGCACCAUUAUUCAUGACCUCAUAAAAAGAAGGAAGAUUCUAAAUGUGGCUUAUUUUGAAAUCGCAGUGAGUAUCUCCCUCAUGUGGUUACAACACAUUGUAAGUGAUCUCCAAUGUUACGUUUUUUUCCCUACUUUUCUCUACUGUCAUUUGUAUAAUGAUU